AUUUAACCGUCCAAUAGUGAAGCCUUUGGUCAUACAUAUUAAUAGAAGAGAUAUUCUCAUAGCCAUAGUAGGGAUCGCCAACAGAGACCCAAGACAAACCGGAGUGGGCAGAUCUGACCCGCUGAGCGUGGAGUGAACGGGGCAGGGCAGAGAUCGGAUCACGGGCGUGGGCUCGGACGGAGCCCUGGCAGAACGCGCUUUGAUUCUACAACUACAACAAAUCCACAUUUAAUAGAAAUCAGGACACUUGAUUAAAAUGAAUCGAGGAAAGUCGAGUGAUGAGACGCUUAUAGAAAUGGACCGAACUGGCUGGUCCGGCGGCGAAGAAAACAAUGGCUUCCAUGCCAGUUCGGCUAAGGAGACUCUUCAGCUUGAAAAUGCAGAGUCCAUGCUGAGUGUUGUGUCUGAAUGCACAAGCGCUGUGUCUGUUUGCUCAAGUCAUUCUUCAGUGAUUGUGUGUGAGCAGUGUGAGAGAGAACACACUGAACCACAGCAGCACCUCACCAGCUUUAAAGGGAUCUGGAGAAAGAGAGCUUUAUUUCUGAAGUGCCGCUCCAGGGUAGAUAAGCAGCAGCAGAGCAAGGACUCCGUGUACUUCAGAGAUGGCAUACGGAGGAUAGAUUUCAUUCUGUCUUACAUCGACGACAAGGAUGGAGAAAAGAAACAGGAUCGAAGGAAGGAGUUUGAGGCUAACUUACAGAAAGUUGGACUUGAGCUGGAGACUGAGGACAAAUCUGAGUCUGAAGAUGGGAGGACAUACUUCCUGAAGAUCCACGUUCCAUGGGAAGUGCUGGCAACAUAUGCAGAUGUUUUGAAAAUCAAAGUGCCUUUUAAAGCCAAUGAUAUUCCAGAUAAAAAAGACGUACCCUUGAGCUGGCUCUGUACUCCCUACCGUCUGCCCGAGCAUGUGAUGCAGCCUGAGCCCGACUACUUCACCGCCACCUUUGACAAGAGCAAGACUGACUUCUUCCUCAUCGAGGAUAAAGAAACCUUCUUUCCUCCAUCCACACGGAACAGGAUUGUAUAUUACAUCCUUUCCCGAUGUCCAUACAGUAAAGAAGACAAGGAUAAGAAGGGCAUCAAGAGGCUGCUGAACAACGGGACCUACGCAGCUGCCUUCCCUUUGCAUGACUGUAGGUACUGGACCAGGUCUCGUGAUGCUAACUGUGAGAGCGAACGCUAUUCCUUGUAUAAAUACUGGGCUCGUUUCAGCAGCUUUUACAAGGAGCAGCCGCUCAACCUCAUACGGAAGUACUAUGGAGAGAAGAUUGGCAUCUACUUCGCUUGGCUGGGUUUCUACACAGAGAUGCUCUCCUAUGCUGCAGUUGUUGGUCUGCUCUGUUUCAUCUAUGGUGUGGCCACCUUUGACGAAAACGUCUGGAGUAAAGAGAUCUGUAAUGAUACCAUUGGUGGGCAGAUUGUCAUGUGUCCUCUCUGUGAUAAGAAAUGUGGCUAUUGGAAGCUCAGCACAACCUGUAGCUCCUCAUGGCAAUCGUAUCUGUUUGACAACACAGCGACGGUGUUCUUUGCGAUAUUCAUGGGAAUAUGGGUGACUCUGUUCCUGGAGUUCUGGAAGCGGCGUCAGGCCCGACUGGAGUACGAGUGGGAUCUGGUGGACUUUGAGGAAGAGCAGCAACAGCUGCAGCUCAGACCCGAAUACGAGACCAAGUGCACCCACCGUCGACUCAAUCGUGUCACGCAAGAGAUGGAGCCUUAUUUACCUCUAACAAGCAAGUGUGCUCGUUCAGUACUGUCCGGGGCCACCGUCCUCUUCUGGAUCUCUCUGAUUAUCGCCUGUAUAAUCGGUGUGAUUGCGUACCGUCUGGCGGUGUUUGCGGCGUUUGCCAGCAUCAUGAAGGACAGCCCCACCAAUAAGCUGGAUGUGGUGGGAACCCUCAUCACGCCGCAGUUCGCCACAUCCGUCACGGCUUCCUGCAUCAACUUUGUCAUCAUCAUGAUUCUCAACUUCCUGUAUGAGCGUGUAGCCAUAAAGAUCACUGAUAUGGAGGUACCCAAAACCCAUGUGGAGUACGAGAACAAGUUAACGGUGAAGAUGUUCCUCUUCCAGUUUGUCAACUACUAUUCCUCUUGCUUCUACGUCGCCUUUUUCAAGGGCAAGUUUGUGGGUUACCCUGGAGACUAUGCCUACAUGUUCGGCAAGUGGAGAAAUGAAGAGUGCGAGCCAGGCGGCUGUUUGAUCGAGUUAACCACUCAGUUAGUGAUCGUGAUGGUGGGUAAACAGGUGUGGGGGAACAUACAGGAAGCUCUCGUCCCCUGGCUGCGUAACUGGUGGGUGAGCAGAAGCGCUCGUAAUCAUCCGGAGAGUCUGUACAGCCGCUGGGAGCAGGAUCAUGACCUGCAGACCUUCAGUCAGCUCGGCCUCUUCUACGAGUACCUGGAGAUGGUUAUCCAGUUUGGCUUCAUCACCCUGUUUGUGGCUUCUUUCCCGCUGGCUCCUCUGCUGGCUCUGAUGAAUAAUAUCUUGGAAGUGCGAGUGGACGCCUGGAAAUUCACCACUCAGUUCCGCCGGCCCGUGGCAGCCAAAGCGCACAGCAUUGGCGCGUGGGACGAGAUCCUCAACAUGAUUGCCGUUUUCUCAGUGGUCACGAAUGCUUUCAUUGUCUCAUUCACGUCUGACAUGAUCCCUCGGCUGGUGUAUAAGUACGCGUAUCACCUGGGUACUGAGAGCACGAUGGAAGGAUACAUCAACAACAGCCUUUCCAUCUUCAACAUCUCCGAGAUCCCAGUGGAAAACCGUCCAGAGGAGGGCGAGAACCCGGAUUGGUUCUACAGCUCCAACAUCACCACCUGCAGGUACCGUGACUACCGCUACCCUCCAGGACACGAGAAACAGUACACUCACACCAUGCAGUUCUGGCACAUUCUCGCUGCCAAAUUAGCCUUUAUCAUCAUUAUGGAGCAUGUGGUGUUUGUGGUGAAGUUCUUUGUGGCGUGGUUGAUCCCCGACGUGCCAUCAGACGUGAAAGCUCGUACAAAGCGCGAGCACUACCUCAUCCAGGAGUACCUGCACGACUACGAGCUGGAAAAACUCAAAAUCCAGCUCAGCCAGAACGGUCCGAACAUCGAGCCGUGCACAUGUCCCGCCACAGCCGCCACGUCAGUGAAGCUGGAGGUGUUUUCAGACUGUCUGAGCUAACACAGGCCUGACCUUGACACUAGCACCUGAAAGCUUUCACUCAGCCCAUGUCUCAAACCAGUCCUCUCGGUCUCAUCACAAAAUCACACGCCACUGGUUCCUCAUAUCUCACUGAUUAUGUUCGAUAAUCUUUUCACACCACAUCCACUGUUUGGGAUAUUCCUUGACAAAUCACUCCCAUAUUACGUCUCCCAGAGCCCUCAUUUUCAGUCAUGUGACCUCAAAGAGAUGCCUACGUAAGGGGAAAGUUUGUCUAAUAACUUUUACAUGUGUUUAGAUAUACCUAAAGCCACGUGAGCUGUAACUCAGUUUCUGUCUAUGCAGAUUGGCGCUUUCACUCUUCAGGAACAAUUAUUGUAGGUUUUCUCACGCUUUCCACGUCAUUGUUCUCUGUUGAUGUCUCUGUAAGCCACUGCAAACAUACAGGACAGACUGUUUAUGGUCUGUGUGACGCACUGUGUGAAAGUCUGACAGUUGAAAUGUUAGAUUUCAGCCCAAAACCAAACUGGGUCAAAUAUAAACUGGACAUUUCAGGAUUUGUGUGAUUCACUCUGAAUUCCAGCAUAGACUAGUGUCUCCUUCACAAUCAAAAUACAAGAACUCAAAAUACAAGAACUCAGCGACAAACUUUAUUGCUUAGAAUGCCUUUAAGAUACCAAAGAUUAAAAUGCCUUAACAUCAUAGACAUAUGCAUGGAUCCUUUACAUUUUAAUAUGAAACACUUCUAUUUACUGUAUGUUCAGAAUUCAUGUACAAAGAAUUUUAUAAUUAUUAUUACACA